AUGUCCGACCGUAUGGAGGUCGACCAUGCCCCUGCCGGCCCAACGUUGGUCGCCUGUGUGUCAAUGGUGGCGUCGGGUGUCCCCCCUGCAUCCUCCGACCUGCUCCCCCUACCUUGUCUGGCCCUGCUGCUAGCAAAAGUAACAACACCACCACCGCCACCACCAGCAGGGGCGCCUCCUGCUGGAGAUACCAAUAUGCCUGAUGCUGAAGGCGAUGAUACCGAACCCUCCCCGGCCCAAAUAACAGGAAGAGCCGCCGCCCUCGAAUCGGGGCAUCGCACCCCAGAACGACCGGUCCGUGUUCCUAUGGAGUUGGUUGGCGCCGCAAAGGCGCUAAGAAAAGAGCUUGAGGAGAUCGAGAAGGAGACCGAGGUAGAAAACAGAUUUAAAAAACUUCUAUCUACCCAGAUGAGCGAGGUAGAUAAAAGGAUCAAUGACAUGGCGAAGGCCCGGGAGGGCAAAAUUGAAGACGAGCGGCGUAUCCUUGCGGCCGUCAAUUGCCGCAAGAAGGGCCCAAAAAAUGAUUUGAAAUGGUCUCUGUGUGUGGAUGCGGGUGUAUCUGGCCCUGCUGGUAAAAAGCCAGCAAAAUCAACACCACCACCACCACCUGCUGGGGCGACCCCCCAACGCCCAGCAGCAGCAUCAACGACAACACCUGCGGCGGGCUCCCUCAUUCUGAACCGUAAGGCUAACGACAUAUCAACAGCCCGCGAGCUAGCCUGCACCCCGCCCCCGACAAGUAAAGCUAAAGGAGGAGGAAGUCGUACUUGA